ACAUACACUCGUGGCAAAGCUUGCUGGCGGCCCUUUCUUCCUCUUUGUCCUUCGCUGCCACGUGAGAGGGGAGUGUGCUGGUGUGCAGUCCCCUACUCGUCCCGGCCCGUUCGGAGCCGCGCGGGAGCGCACAAAGGCCGGCGGCUCCGGCGCGUGCGCGGGGCGCGGGAACGGGCGGCGUCACGUGAUCGCGGGGCCGCGGGCGCGCGUGCUCGAGCGCGACUGGCGGCGGCGUCUUUUUCCACAGAUCCUGGUCCCUACAAAUAAGCGUGCUCAUGUGAGAUAAGAAAGGAGUUCCUGGAACCAGGAAUUCAUUCUCAGUGUAGAAGACCUAGCCGAGCCCUCACUCCACAGUUUUGGGGCAGAAGCAGAAGAGACGCACAGUAGAACCCAUCUCAGCCUUGCUGAUCAUCUCGUACAGCAGCAGAAAAUGACCAUGUUACAGGAGUCAUUCUCAUUUGAUGAUUUAUCUGUGGACUUCACCCAAAAAGAGUGGCAGCUCCUGGAUCCCUCUCAGAAGAAUUUAUACAAGGAUGUGAUGUUGGAGAACUAUAGCAGCCUAGUGUCACUGGGGUAUGAAGUUAUGAAACCAGAUGUCAUCUUCAAAUUGGAGCAAGGAGAAGAGCCAUGGGUAGGAGAUGGAGAAAUUCCAAGUUCAGAUUCUCCAGAAGUCUGGAAUGUAGAUGGUAACAUGAUGUGGCACCAGGAUAACCAAGACAAGCUUAAAAUUAUAAAAAGAGGUCAUGAAUGUGAUGCAUUUGGAAAAAAUUUCAAUCUGAAUAUGAACUUUGUUCCUUUAAGGAAAUCAAACAACGAAGGUGACUUAGAUGGAUUGAUUUUAAAACAUCAUUUAGAUUUGCUUAUUCCAAAAGGAGAUUAUGGAAAAGCAGAAUCAGAUGACUUCAAUGUGUUUGAUAAUUUUUUUCUCCAUUCCAAGCCUGAGGAUACUGAUACCUGGUUAAAGUACUAUGAUUGUGAUAAAUAUAAAGAGAGCUAUAAAAAGUCACAGAUUAUCAUAUAUCAUAGAAAUCGUUUAGGGGAGAAACUCUAUGAAUGCAGUGAAUGUAGGAAGCGCUUCAGUAAGAAACCAAGUCUCAUUAAACAUCAAAGCAGACAUAUAAGAGACAUAGCCUUUGGCUGUGGUAAUUGUGGCAAAACCUUUCCCCAGAAGUCUCAGUUUAUUACACAUCACAGAACUCACACGGGAGAAAAACCUUAUAAUUGUAGCCAGUGUGGGAAAGCCUUCUCCCAAAAGUCACAGCUCACAUCCCAUCAGCGGACACAUACAGGAGAGAAACCAUAUGAGUGUGGCGAAUGUGGGAAAGCCUUCUCCCGGAAGUCACAUCUCAUAUCGCAUUGGAGAACACACACAGGAGAGAAACCCUAUGGAUGCAGUGAAUGUGGGAGGGCCUUUAGUGAAAAGUCCAAUCUCAUUAACCAUCAGAGAAUUCAUACCGGUGAGAAACCUUUUGAAUGCAGGGAGUGUGGGAAAGCCUUCAGCAGGAAGUCACAACUCGUUACACAUCACAGAACUCACACAGGAACAAAACCCUUUGGAUGUAGUGAUUGUAGAAAAGCUUUCUUUGAGAAGUCAGAGCUUAUUAGACAUAAGACAAUUCAUACUGGAGAGAAACCCUAUGAAUGCAGCGAGUGUAGGAAAGCAUUUAGAGAGAGGUCGAGUCUCAUUAAUCAUCAGAGAACUCACACAGGAGAGAAACCUCAUGGAUGCAUUCAGUGUGGGAAGGCCUUCUCCCAGAAGUCACAUCUCAUAUCACAUCAGAUGACACACACAGGAGAAAAACCCUUUAUAUGCAAUAAAUGUGGGAAAGCCUUCAGCAGGAAAUCACAGCUCGUUAGACAUCAGAGAACUCAUACGGGAGAAAAACCAUAUGAGUGCAGUGAGUGUGGGAAAGCUUUCAGUGAAAAAUUAAGUCUCACUAAUCAUCAGAGAAUUCAUACAGGAGAGAAACCAUAUGUAUGCAGUGAAUGCGGGAAAGCCUUUUGUCAGAAGUCACAUCUCAUAUCACAUCAGAGGACACAUACAGGGGAGAAACCCUAUGAAUGCACUGAAUGUGGGAAGGCCUUUGGUGAGAAGUCAAGUCUUGCAACUCAUCAGAGAACUCAUACUGGAGAAAAACCGUAUGAAUGCAGGGACUGUGAAAAAGCUUUCUCCCAGAAAUCACAGCUAAAUACCCAUCAGAGAAUUCACACUGGAGAGAAACCCUAUGAAUGCAGUCUUUGUAGGAAAGCUUUUUUUGAGAAGUCGGAGCUAAUUAGACAUCUGAGAACUCAUACAGGAGAAAAACCUUACGAAUGCAAUGAAUGUAGAAAAGCCUUCAGGGAGAAGUCAAGUCUCAUCAAUCAUCAGAGAAUACAUACAGGAGAGAAGCCUUUUGAAUGCAGUGAGUGUGGCAAAGCUUUCUCUCGGAAGUCCCACCUUAUACCACAUCAAAGGACACAUACAGGUGAGAAACCCUAUGGAUGCAGUGAAUGUAGGAAGGCCUUCUCUCAGAAAUCACAGCUGGUUAAUCAUCAGAGAAUUCAUACAGGAGAGAAGCCUUAUCAAUGCAUUGAAUGUGGGAAAGCUUUCUCACAGAAGUCACAGCUCAUCAAUCAUCAGAGAACUCAUACAGUAAAAAAAUCCUAGAAAUACAGUUAAUAGUAGUCUUUGACAUCAUCUUGGACUUCAGAAAAUACAAUUAUGAUAACGUUUUUAGACAGUCACAUUGUGUUAUGUGUCUGUACUCCUUGAGGGUGAGAACUCUAAAUGAGGUGGUAUAUGGAAAGCUGAUCUUAACUCAUAGAGUGAACCUAUGAAUGCAGUGCAUCUCAACAACUUUUCAAACCAUAGUCAAGCCUUACAGAGUAGAACAUUCACAGCAAAGAAGAAUCGUGCGAAUAUCAAAAAGCCUUCCAGAAGUCAAGUCUCCUAAGCUAUUAGACAUAUUCCCACUGGGGAUGAGGGAAAACCCCAUGAAUGCAGGAAAUGAGGCAAUAUUUUUAAGAAAUGACAAUUCAUUGUACAUAAGGAAAUGCCCUUAGGAAUGAAGUUCUAUGAAAGUACUAAAUAUGGGAUAGUGCAACAAGUAACUAAACUAUUUUGUAUUUUGGAGAAUUCAUAUUAUGGAGAAUCUAACAAUUUAAAGACACUGGGAACACUUGCCCCUCAGUAUAGUACUGUCAAGGGAAGCCAUACACUUUUUGUAGACAUGGGUACCAAAAAUACCCAAUUCUAAGUGGUUGGCAGUUGUUCACUUUGAAGUGUGAAGUUUUAAAAAUAUGUGAAUAAAAUUAUGAAUAAAUUCACCAUUGAAACAUCUAAAAAAUUCUUAGUGGUAUUUGUGGCUUAUCUUCUAGUGUCACAUAUGUUUUGCGUUUUGAACUGACAUAUAAUUUAGUGUAAUUGGGAUUAUGAAAUGCAUAUGCCUUAUAGUGCCUCUGAUGUCUGUGAAGACACACUACACACCCCUGGUUUUUGUUUUUUAACAAUAAUAUAGAAAAUGGAAAGUCAUGUAACAUGGCUACAUUAAUAAGUACCUUGAGUGAUAACCCAUUUCUUUUUCCUUAUUAUAGACAUACAUAAGGGGUCUUUUGUUUUUACUGACCUUUCUAUUCAGUAACUAAAGCCAACAUUAUGUAAGUCUUCUGCAUCCUCAGAGUCUGAGUAACAGUUUAUAUAAAAUAAAUAUGCAAAGGCAGGAACCACAGAAUAACCAUAGUAAUAUAUAACUGAAUGAGCAAAAUAAAGAUGUUUGAACUACAUUACAACACCCAAACUAAAUGAAAUAAAGUAGUGCUGUAUCAAAUCUUUUUCUCAGUGAGAUGCCUCCAUAUAUUUUAUAUAUAUCUGUGUAUCUUAAGUGAUAUGUAACCCAAAUACCACUAUUUUAAUUUACUGUGAUUAAAGUAUCAUGGAUAUUUUGUGGUACUAUUAUGCUCUUUGUGUUGCAUAAAAUAUCUUGUAAAAAAUUAGAUGAAUAAAUGAAUUAUUAAAAAAUCACAUUUCUGAAGAUGUAAAGUAUUAGGGAAUUUUAUGCUGGAAAAACAUUUUUGACAUUCAAAGAAGCCUAUUUUCUAACAAAUUUCUGUGGUCACUGGAAAAGUACAUAUGAUCCUGAACUUACAGUGGGGUUACAUCCCAAUAAACCCAUUGUAAGUUGAAAACAUUGUAAGUCGAAAAUGCAUUUAAUACACCCAACCUACCAAACAUCAUAGCUUAGCGUAGCCUACCUUAAACAUUCUCAGAACACAUUCUAAUGCAUCGUCUAUUUUAUCAAAAGGUGUUGAAUAUCUGAUGUAAUUAUUGAAUACUGAAAGUGAGAAAUAGUAGUUGUAUGGAUACCAUUGUAAUGUUGAGAAACUGUAAGUCACAUCCUCUUAAGUCAGGAACUAUCUGUUUUAGGAAACAAGAUUUCCAUUUUAUCAUUUGAAAUGUAUUUGACUUUCUUUGACUAGUUGCAUUAUCCCCAUGGAAAACUUCACAUUGAGAACUUACAGUAUUUAAGUAUACUUCCGUAAAAAUGCAUGAACCAUCCCUUAGCUAAGUAAGGAUUUUGUAAUGUUCUCUCAAUGUUGCUUGACAAAGUUAAUAUUUUUUGUAUGCUGAUGAAAUUUAGAAAAGUCCAAUAUUGAGCUUGAUUGCAAACUUAGAAAAAAUCAAGGAUUCACCUUUUAUGUUCAAAUUGUUGUAUCAGUAUGAUAUUUUGCACCUUUACCGUGAACAGUAUUUUCUCCUUUAAUUAUUGAUUUUGCAACAUUUUGGGAAAGUUGGAAUUUUAAAUAAAUGAGAAUAAUUUUCUAAACCAGCAUACCAAUUCAACAGCCAAAUAAUUCUGUCUUUUCGUGCUAUAAUUUUAAAGCAUCUAAUUUUCCAACUUUUUAUUUGUACUCAAGUGUAUGAACUUCCUGGCUGGGCAUGAUGGCUCAAGCCUGUAAUCCCAGCACUUUGGGAGGCUGAGGAGGGUGGAUCACUUGAGGUCAGGAAUUCAAGACCAACAUGUUCAUGGCCA